AUGCCAUCAAGAAUAAGCGAGGAGUUGAUAGACGGUGCAUCGCAAUUCGAGAAUCUCGACAAUACAUCAGCUCUAUCAGCCUCCACAUUUAUGAACCAUGAAUUGCAGGCUCGUGAUUUGUCGCUAGACGACUUUGAGCUUGAUUUAACCUCAAUGAAUGCUGAGCGAUCCUUGGGUACACCGAAUUUAGAGCCUUCUCUCGGCGCGACAGCCGAGUCAUCUACAUUCCCCUUACGCACCGACAUACCAGAAUAUCUGGAAAUUGGGGUUCCAGAACCUAGUGCCGAAACUCUUGAGAUGAUUACUUGCCAUUUAAGCGACUCAGAACAGUGGUCUCUAGGGAGAACAAUAUCACCGAAUCCUGCAUCCCAUGUCCCUCAAACAUUGCCUGUGCAGCUGCCCCCACGUCGGGGAACCUUUCAACGGCGAAAUAUGAUGAUUCAAGGAGAUCGCCUCCCCCCAUUCAUCUGUCCACCAUGUCAAUUACACGAAGAGAUGAUGUUUUACUCUCGGACACCACAGAAUGCCGACUUUGUGUGGAAGACGAUCUAUGUUGAAACAGAUAGACUGCAUCGUGAGCAUGAAAAUUAUGACAUAUAUCAGCAACUUGCUGCAUUGCAAGCAAUAACAAUAUAUAUCCUUCUCCAAGCCCUGGACGUGGAAUCAGGUGAGGCCAAUGGAGCUCACUCUCUUUUGCACAAUGUGAUUGCUAUAUCCACGAGCGUUAGUAACAGGAAUAAAGUGGUACUCAAUAACCUCUACGGAAUACCCGCACGCCAGCAGUGGGUUCAUGAAGAGAGCGUGAGGAGGACAAUGAUUAUACUAUUAAUCAUUGAUCUCCUCUUAGAGGGUCUUCUGGAGCACCAGACAGUAAAAUGUCACUCUCUACGUGGCGCCGGGCUCGACAACAUCCCACUCCCGGCAUCAAGAGAUUUAUGGGAAGCAGAGACAAACUUCGCUUGGCGAAAUGAGUACGAAAAGUACCUGUCUCAACGCAAGAUCAACAAGGUUCUGACGAUAGGAGAUUUAAUGGAGUUGACUGAAGGUGGUGCUCUGAAAACAUUGUUGGAGACGGACCCAAGAUUUGAUCUUGUACCGGAUGCUUAUGCCUGGUGUGAAAGCCUGGAUUCGCUUGGUUCUCUGCUCUGGAUGGCUAUUCCAUUCCAACAGAGACGGACACGGCCUGGCAUGAAUGAGGUGUGGUAG